AUACUUGGCUUGGCUUAAUUGUAUAAUUGUUGUUUUCAUUGUAUUUGUUGUUUUUGGGUAAUGUUUUCACGGUUGUUAUUAAAGGCCUGAUCGCUCCGUUCGAAGACGAAGUAAACAAAAUAAAGUUGUCACAUUCAAAAGCACCAAAAAGAAGGUGAAGAAGUUUACUAAAGCGAAAGAUAAAGAAAAGCGCAUAUACAUAAAUACAUAUAUACGAGAAUAAAUAUACUUUAGAUAACGAUCGAGUGCUGCAAAAUAGAAAUAAUGAAGAGUUAAAAGGCUAAACGAAGAUAACACCAAGUACAGCGAGCGGAAAAAGCUUGUUCAAGCAAACAAACCCGCAGAGAGAGACAGUCCGAUUGGGCUGAAGGGUAUUACAGCCUUCGACAGGAAGCGGUCCAAAUACAAUGUCACAAAUACACACACAAACGCUUCUGCACAGAUUGUCACCGCGCCUAGUCUAUAUCGGCUUGGCGCUUGCUAUUUGCCUACCCCCACUAGUGAGCGCCUACAAUGAGAACUUGCAUCAACGCGAUGGCAUACAUGUGCCUUGUAGCUUCUUCGAUACGGUCAACGUGACGAAUGAUCCGCAUUUCCCUAACGGUUCAUAUCUACACGAUGGCACUAUGAUACCUUCACAGCUGAUCGGCACAUAUGACUAUAUUUACACGGAUCUCAUGCGGCGCGUCGAAGUGGAGUCACAUGUGCGAGCUUGUAUUUGUAAAUUGAAGCCAUGCAUUAAUAUCUGCUGUCCUUGGGGCGCCAGCUAUAGCACCAAUGAGAGCGCUUGCGUCAACAAUACCGACUAUGCGUGGCCCCAGCCGCUGUUGAAUGUGACUAUGCCGGAUGAAACAUUGAAGGCGGUGAAUAUUUUUACUGAAUUUGCUGUGCAGAGUUUUCGACCAUGUGAAUUUAUGUUCUCACUGCAACCGGAGCUCGGCUCUUUCGACGAUUGGAAGCUAUUCGAGAAUGGCACACUACUGCGCGUGUUCGACAUGGUCUACCUCGCCAAGAGCGAAUUCUGUUUCCAUCCAACGGUGGCGAAUGACACCACAGACACCAUGUACAUCAUCAAUCCGGCUAAUUGCAACUAUGAUUCGGAUUACAGCACCAUUAAAACAAUAAAUGCUUAUGCCAUGUUGUUUUCCAUACCGUUCAUGAUACUCACCAUUGUCGUUUACCUAAGCAUACCAGAGCUACGCAAUCAACACGGCAAAUCGUUGGUUUGCUAUUUAAUCGGACUCAUCAUUGGUUACUCGUUGCUAGCGAUGAGUUCGCUGCAAUUGGAUGCAUAUUCCAGUCUGUCAUUCUGCAAAUCGCUCGGCUAUGUCGCCUACUACUUUUUCAUGGCGGCCUUCUUUUGGCUAAGUGUUAUCAGCUUCGAUUUGUGGCAUAACUUCCGUGGCACGCGGGGCAUCAAUCGUUUUCAGGAGAAGAAACGUUUUCUCGUCUAUUCGCUGUAUGCUUGGGGUAUACCGGUACCCUUUUUAAUCUUCACAUGGUAUGCGCAGGAGAUUGCUGCUAUACCAGAUUAUUGGAAACCCGGUAUUGGCGGUGGCGAAUAUUGUUGGUUGGAUAUGCGCACCUGGUCAGCGAUGGUUUAUUUCUUUGGUCCAAUUGUUCUCAUAAUUAUGGCUAACAGCAUAAUGUUCGUCUUGACAGCCAUGAAGAUACAUAAGGUCCAACGUGAAAUGGCGCGUAUAAUGGCACGCGAGGAUAGCACUAAGAAUUUACGCACCGAAAAGGAUAAAUUCGGUCUCUUUCUGCGCUUAUUCAUGGUUAUGGGCGUCACAUGGUCUAUGGAGAUCUUCUCGUAUUUUGUCGGCGCCGAUAGAGGCUGGGCCAAGAUCUUCUACAUUUCGGACAUCUGCAAUGCCAUACAAGGUUUCCUCAUAUUCAUGUUGUUUGUCAUGAAGAAGAAGGUCAAGCAUUUGAUAACAAAUCGCUAUUCGUCUACACGUGACAGCUGCAACCAGCGCCAGAGCCAAUACUCAACGAAGACAACGUCCAGCAGUGUUGGCAAUUUAACGCUCUCGGCUGCUGGUCCCGCUGAGAGGCCGCUAAUGAUGCCAACCGAACGGACGACAAGUUUGAGAAAUUAAAUUGCAAAAGUAAAAUGAAUGAGAAUUAAGUGAAUUAAACGAAGUGGAUUAAAGUGAAAUAAAAUGGAUUCAAGUGAAAUGAAAUGGUUAAAAAAAAAAUGAAAUUCAUUAAAUUGAAAAAUGCUUUAAAGCGUGAUUUGAAUAUUCAGAGCGGCGCAAAAUUUUUAUGAGCAUGAGCGAGAGGCAAGGGAGAAAAUGUUAAAGCCCAAAAAACUGCAGAGGUGAAGUGUAGAAAAGCGAAAAAAAUCACUGGCAGCCGCAAAGCAAAAAAUUAAGAAACAAAAAUCAUAAAUAAAAAAUCAUAUUUAGCACAAAAAUGAGCAAGAGUCGUAGAUUUUAAGUGAUUAAGCAUAGCACUUAACUAUUUUUAAUAGCAACUUACAUAUUUAUGUAUAAAAA